CGACACUUUCCCCAUCUCUUUCUCCUCUUAAUAAUCCCCACCCUCAGAUUUAUUCCUCUAGAAAUUAAAGAGGAAGAAAAUUAAAUUUGAAAAAUAACAAUCGACGAUUUAGGGGAAUGGAAGGGGUAUCUGUUAGUGUUUACAACGGGAUCAAGGAAUACCUGAAGACGAAGAGGAGCGGUUACGAGAGGAUAACCCGACCCGGUGCCCGGGGGAGAAAGUGCCGCGUCGAAUUGGGCGGCGGCCGGAAGGAAGCGCCGUGGAGGAUAAAGCUGAGGCCUAAACUCAAGCUCCGGAUCAACCUCCGAUUCUCCCCCAAAAAGCUGCUCCUCCGCCUCCGCGACGCCUACGUCGGCCUGAUGCUGCGGGUCUCCAACACGCGCGCCAUCGGCGGCUUCGCCGGCAACACCGUCUCCGAUUUCACCGCCAGAUCGGUGAAGGAGUACGACGAGAGGAUGAUUAUCCAGAUCUACAAGUCUCUGCUGAUCGCGCACGGCCAAACUCGACUGGCCUCCGCCGAUGCGCCGCCGCGAAUCGGCACCUCGGGUUACUUGUCGACGGUUGGGUGAAUUGUUUAUUGUGGAGGAAAAGCUUGACAUAAAUGUUACUCCAAAGAAAAGUUUUACCGCGCAAUUUCUUGUUCCGCCGGUACAGUAAAAUUGGCGCUGCAAUAAAAAUAAAUCCUUUUAUUUGCGGCGGCCCGUAUUUUGGUUGCUCUUCUGCCGCCUUCUUUUUUAUUCGGCUAUACCCUUUUGAAUUGAAUGCCCAUUACAAUCAAAAAUAGAAUUGUAUUUCUAAUUAAAUUACAACUCCGUUUUUUCUUUUAAAUAACAUUACCAAAAUUGU